AAUUUCCAGUAGCGAACUAGAGCAGCGCGUGAGUGAGGCAUUUAUAAUACGUAAUGUUGGUAUUUCCCGAUCAAUAGGUUUUGUUUCACUUUCAGUAUAAGUGUGACGCGAACAACUUGUCAUGUCAAGCAAUGUCUAGUUGGGUUAUGAGAAGGGUAUUCCCCAAAGGGAGACAAUCGACUCCGCGAAGCUUAUUGUCAGAAUUGACAAUUACGGUGAAAUACACUUAAAAUACGAUUUGUCUCUGAUUACAUUUGAUAUAUUCCAGUCUAAAUGAAGUGUACAGUUGCGUAAUCAGUGGAAAUACACGGAAACAACGGAAGGAUGAACCGAAGCGGAGAAAAUGGUUCGUUUAGUGGCUCCGACAGGUCGAAUGACUACCUACUGGUGAACGACACAGAAAACAUAUCGCUCGAAGAAAACGAUAACACCACACCAACCAGUGUUAUCACUCUCGUCCAACAAGAAGAUCUCAAAAGAUUGCUUCAAGAAGUUCGUCAACUCGUAGAUCAAAUAAGAGAAAACGAGGGAGAUCCAGUUAAAGCGUGUGAAAGCGUGACAAAAAUAUGGCACAUGUAUUACGAUAACAUUCCUUUUCGCAAAGACGUAGGUGAUAUUUUGUCUGAAUGUGGCUACGUAACUUGUACCUACAGGAUGCUAAAAUCUCUGAGAAAGCGAGGGUUUUCUCAUUGGACUAACAAAAAUAUAUGGAGGACAUCCCACAAUUUGCUGGACAACGCCUGGAACUAUUCUCAUGACAGUGACGACUUUGCUGCUGAAUUAGCAAGACAAAAUGUUUUAGAUGUUUUGUUCGAUACUCUGAUCGAUUAUGACGGGAAAGUUCCGUCGAAAAAGCCAGAGUAUUUUGUUCUGAAGUCUACUUUAUCUAUAAUCAACAAUAUUGCACGUAGACCUGAAAAUAAAGCAAUUUUUAAAAAUUACCAGAAUCCUUUCACGAUCCUGAUCAAGUUUAAAUCUGUUCAGGAUGACUUUAUUAAAGUUCUGUGUCUGUUAAUACUUGCAGCUAUAGCUGACGUGAGGGAAUCCCAUCUGCUAACAGACGAUCGAGAUACCAUACAUACCAUUAUUCAGUGGAUGGGUAUACAAAUUGAUGUUGAUCAGAGAAAACCUACUCAUUUGGGUUUUAGUGCUGCUGAACUUGCUUUCGCCUUGGACAAACUCUCAAUUGAUGGAAACACGGAAAAGAUUCUGGACGGAAGAGCCUUAAAUGCCUUCCAAAGGAUGUUAAAUACAACUGAUGUCUACCAACAGACCGGUGCAGCUAAAUGUAUUUGGACACUUUCCUUUCAACCCUCAGCAAGGAAGAGAAUAAAAGACGAUAAGAAAAUCGUUGACACUUUGAAACGUCUAAAAACUGUUGAAAAAGAUGCCCGAUUACUUGAAGCUGUUACUGGAGCUUUGUGGGUUUUGUUCGACACAAUGGAAAAGAAAACAACCUCAAAUGUUGAUCCAUCCAAGCCGCAGCAUGUUUUUAUAAGUUAUCAUCAAAGAGAUAAAGAGACGGUCAGGCAAAUUUGGCACAGAUUGCAAAGGGAAGGCUACGAUGUUUGGAUUGACCUUGAAAGAAUGUCGGGCGAUCUACUUGAAGCAAUGUCAACGGCAGUUGAAGAUUCUUCAGUUGUUAUCCUUUGUGUAUCAGAAGGUUACAAACAAGAUCAACGUUGUCACACUACCGCCAACUAUGCUUACAACCAGGAGAAGGGAUUUAUUCCGCUGUUCAUGCAGAGUUCGUACCAACCAGAUGGAUGGCUUGGUAUGUUGCUAGCCAGCAAACUUUACUUUGAUUUCAGCGGGGAUGUAAAUGAAGACUUCGAUGAAAAUAUGGACAGGUUUUUGAGAGAACUUAAUAUUCAAGUUGCAAAGCAAGGUCCAAAAGCUCUUCCAGACGUUACUAAUACUGCUGCUCAACCAAUACCUGCAUUACUUCCAUAUAAUGAGUCUGGGAAUAUUCCCCAAUCCAGAUCCCGAUCACCAAGGUUAGAUAUUCGUGAACCUUCGGUUCCAAUUCAAGCUCAACUAUCACCAGCAAGCUCAACUGCCCUUGCUAUCCCUGAAGUACGAUCAGUAAGAGUUCCUCUAACAGCAGGCCCACCGGAAACAUUUGCCAGAAUGACUAGGCGAGAUGUAGAGGAGUGGCUUAAAAGUAAUGAGUUAGAUGGGUGUGUAGAAUAUUUUAAAUCAAUGACCGGGAAGAUGUUAUGGCAGCUAAAGAGCAUGAAGAAAGAAGCCCCUAACCAUUACCUUAAUAUACUAAAGGAGGAUUACGAACUGCGAGGAAGUGAUAUAUUAGCAUUUGGCCAGGCAUUAGAUGAACUCGAAUAGAUGUCACCCCUUAGACUUGUGCACUUCUAGUAAUAUGUCUAAAAACAUGAUGCAUAAACCACAAGUCAUCACUUAUGUCCAUAUUAUAUCUGAACAGUUUUAUAAACAAACGUUUUAGCCAACUUAUAUCUGAAUAGUUUUAUAUACAAACGUUUAAGUUAACGUAUAUCUGAACAAUGUGUAUAAACAAACGUUUUAGCUGACGUAUAUCUGAACAGUGUGUAUAAUCACGCGUUUUAGCUAACGUAUAUCUAAACAAUAUUCAUAAACAAACGCGUUGGCUAUAUUAACUUCUAUCUUAAUAAUGUUCAUUAACAAGCUUUUAGCAAUAUUAACUGUUAGCCAGGCAGGGUAAGCUUACUCUUCUGGACGCCUGUUACCACUGUUUGUCGUGUAUUUUGUACACGGUGAACAGUCCAUUUGCUGAUUACACUAUUUUGCCUAUGGUUUGGAUUGUUUUACCUGUAUUAGUUUAGUUUAAACAAUAUUUUAUUCAUUUAUUAUAUCUGAACAAUAUUCAUAAACAAACGUUUUAGCUAUUUGAACAGUUUGUAUAAACAAACGUUUAUGGUAAACUACGCAAGAGAAGUGAUUUCACGUCUGUGACACUUUUUUUGAGAACGGUGUGAUAUAACCUUUGACCCCUUUGAAACUGCAUAUCUUUUCUAUAAUAUAUUUAGUGUGAUAAAGAAAUAAAUUCUCUCUAUCUAUAUGCUUCAUUUAAACUUCGGCUGCAUUACAUUUAAAGGAUCACCUGUGGUGUGAGGUAUGUCAGUUUUAAUGAACAGAGGUGCGAUAUAGAAGUUUUUGCGAAUUUCCAAACCUAUUCUCUCAUUAAUCCUAGCUUCGUUAUUUAUUUUUUAAAGGAUGCGCCCAUAACACAAUGGCCUACUUCGUCAAAUGAAGUGAAAUGGGUUUUAUCGUCCUUUCUUCCCGAGCGGGCUAAUGAAGAGAGGCAUACGCCAUACAGUUUGCUAUGAGGUAAAUUUCGAAUUCCAACUGCCAAGGGUUCUUCUACGUGCAUACGGAUGUGUCCAUGGAACAUCAGGCAUUAUACCUUGUCGCUUGCCAGACCCUCUGUCCCCUGCACCAGUGACAAGGCGGCCGACAAUCGCACUUCGUGUCGAUAUCCUUAUGUAAUUUACUCAAACGGUACGAUGGGCUGGGGUCUAACAUGUGGACUUUAGAUCAUAAGGUCUGUCAUUGAGUCAAGGCGUGUCAUCAACCCAAUCUCGUAGGUUUUCUCCGAGUCCGCCAGUUUCCUCCUCCACCCUUACGCACAAGCGAUUUAUUGAAACAAAAUUAUAUGUUAGUUCCGAAAUGGACUGGGUUAUGUCCAGUGAACGUUAAACCCCAUUUCUCUUUUCUCUCAUUUCGAAAAAUAUUUCACAGCUGCAAAUUUCCACGAAUUUAUAUCUAUUUUCUUUCCAUAAAAUUCGCUCAGCAUGAAUUGUAAACAAUUCUUAGAAAACUAAAAUAGAAAUUGUGCCUACUUUCAGUUUCUGUUUAAUAACAGCUGUAGUCUCCAACAACAUGCCUCUUAUAUUUCCAGUUUUUGCUGUGUAUAAUUUUUUCGGGUUGCAAAUGAAAUGCUAAUGUGGUUUAACGUCCUAUUGUUCUACACCGAAUGGGUUUACGGAGAUAGACGGCGAGAGAGAGAGAGAGAGAGGGAGAAAUGGGGUUUAACCCCCACUCGACACAAACUAGGUCAUUUUGGGACUAACAUAUGGUUCAAUUUUAUUUCAAUAAUUUGCUUGCACGUAGGUGUCUUUAGCAGUGGGAGGAAACCGGUAGGACCCGGAGAAAACCCACGCGGUUGGAGAAGACCGACGGACAGUGUGCUAUGUGUGAAAUUUUUCCCGGAUAGCGGCACUACGGCCUACUCUUAUUUCGAAUUUUAACUGCCAUGGGUUCUUUUUACGUGCACGACAGUGUGUACACGGAACCUCGGUUUUUUGUUUCAUCCGAACGACUAAAGAGUCAAUGAUAUAACAUUAAACCUCCUCAUUUAUAUUUAUAAGAUUAUGAAUUAUAUUCAGGUUACUUUAUUGUUUAUUCCUUAUUCAAUUCUGAUGAUUUGAUUUAUUUAAUGGUAUUAAAACACCGAAGAGACA